GCGCCGGCCUCUUGCCCUCCCGCCGCCGCUCUCGCGCUUCGGCCGCGUCUCGCGCGUGGUCUUCUCGUGAGGGGCCUCGCGCCGCUGGGCGCGCGCCGUCCCCCUGCCUCGCGGCGCGGGGUCUCGCGGGCCCCGCUCCCGCCCUCCGCUCGCCUGGCCCGGACCGGAAGCGGCGCCGCACGGCCUGGGCCUGGCGCGGGGGGCGGGCUCUGGGGCCCGGUCGGACAUGGGCAAGAAGCACAAGAAGCACAAGUCGGACCGGCACUUCUACGAGGAGUACGUGGAGAAGCCCCUUAAGCUGGUCCUCAAAGUGGGUGGCAGCGAAGUCACUGAGCUCUCCACGGGCAGCUCCGGGCACGACUCUAGCCUCUUCGAAGACAGAUGCGACCACGACAAACACAAGGACAGAAAACGGAAAAAGAGGAAGAAAGGAGAGAAACAGGCUCCGGGGGAAGAGAAGGGGAGGAAACGGAGAAGAGUCAAGGAGGAUAAAAAGAAGCGGGAUCGAGACCGUGUGGAGAAUGAGGCAGAAAAAGAUUUCCAGUGUCAUGCCCCCGUGAGAUUAGAUUUACCUCCCGAGAAGCCUCUCACAAGCUCAAUAGCCAGACAAGAAGAAGUAGAACAGACACCGCUUCAGGAAGCUUUGAAUCAACUCAUGAGACAAUUGCAGAGAAAAGACCCAAGUGCUUUCUUCUCAUUUCCUGUGACGGAUUUUAUUGCUCCUGGCUACUCCAUGAUAAUUAAACACCCAAUGGAUUUUAGUACCAUGAAAGAAAAAAUCAAGAAUAAUGAUUACCAGUCCAUAGAAGAACUAAAGGAUAACUUCAAGCUAAUGUGUACUAAUGCAAUGAUUUACAACAAGCCAGAGACCAUUUAUUAUAAAGCUGCAAAGAAACUAUUGCACUCAGGGAUGAAAAUUCUUAGUCAGGAGAGAAUUCAGAGCCUGAAGCAGAGUAUAGACUUCAUGGCGGACUUGCAGAAAACUCGGAAGCAGAAAGAUAGAACAGAUGCCUCUCAGAGUGGGGAGGACAGUGGCUGCUGGCAACGAGAAAGGGAAGACUCUGGAGAUGCUGAAACGCAAGCCUUCAGAAGCCCCACUAAGGACAAUAAAAAGAAAGACAAAGAUAUGCUUGAUGACAAAUGGAGAAGCAGCAACUCUGAAAGGGAGCAUGAGCAGAUUGAGCGCGUUGUCCAGGAAUCAGGGGGCAAGCUGACGAGGCGGCUGGCAAAUAGUCAGUGUGAAUUUGAAAGAAGAAAACCAGAUGGAACAACAACAUUGGGACUUCUCCAUCCUGUUGAGCCCAUUAUAGGAGAACCAGGCUACUGCCCUGUAAGGCUGGGAAUGACGACCGGAAGACUACAGUCUGGAGUGAACACCCUGCAAGGGUUCAAAGAAGAUAAAAGGAACAGAGUAACUCCAGUGUUAUACUUGAAUUAUGGACCUUAUAGUUCUUAUGCCCCACAUUAUGACUCUACAUUUGCCAAUAUCAGCAAAGAUGAUUCUGAUUUAAUCUAUUCAACAUAUGGGGAAGACUCUGACCUUCCAAACAAUUUCAGCAUCUCUGAGUUUUUGGCCACAUGCCAAGAUUACCCGUAUGUUAUGGCAGAUAGUUUACUGGAUGUUCUAACAAAAGGAGGACAUUCCAGGAGCCUACAGGACUUGGAUGUGUUAUCACCUGAAGAUGAAGACCAGACCAGAGCACUGGACACAGCAAGAGAAGCAGAGAUUACACAGAUAGAGCCAACAGGGCGUUUGGAGUCCAGCAGUCAGGACAGGCUCACAGCACUGCAAGCAGUGACAAACUUUGGUGCUCCGACUGAAGUCUUUGACUCUGAAGAAGCUGAAGUGUUCCAGAGGAAGCUUGAUGAGACUACAAGAUUGCUCAGGGAACUCCAGGAGGCACAGAAUGAACGGCUGAGUACCAGGCCUCCUCCCAAUAUGAUCUGUCUCUUGGGUCCAUCUUACAGAGAAAUGUACCUUGCUGAACAAGUGACCAAUAACCUUAAAGAACUCACACAGCAAGUGACUCCAGGUGACGUUGUGAGCAUACAUGGAGUGCGUAAAGCAAUGGGGAUCUCUGUUCCUUCCCCCAUCAUGGGAAACAGCUUUGUAGAUUUGACAGAAGAAUGACAGAAUGCUGAGUGCCUUCUUCUCCUUCAGAGUAUGAAGAACCUAAAGAGACCUGUGCUGCCGAGUGUGGGCCUGACAGAAGCUGAAGAUGGCCUGGUAUUGAUUACAUUGUGUACAUACUUUUUCAUUCUGAACCUGGAGGUGCUUUUCAGAAGAUAUUAACUAUUUGUAAAUUGUGUUUUAAUUAAGCUUUGGAACAGUUCCUUUCAAUGUUCCAAAGAUUGGACUUGUAUUAGGAAAUAAAGCUAAACCUGGACUGUGA